CACGUCUUAUGGCAGGACCUCCCACUGAAGAGGAAAAUUGCCCUUGCCUAGCCACAGAUUAUAGGAACUGGCUAAUUGCACUUGGGAUAGUUUUAUAGGGAUCAGCGGUGACUGCCUCACAUCACACCCAACUCACGGACAGCAGGAGAGCUGCAAGGAAUGUGCAAUUGAGGCUCCUGGCAGUGCUGAAGAAGAGAAGACACAGAGAAGAUGGGAGAUCUGAGACCAACACAACUCAGCUGGCAAAUCCCAGCCAAUGCUGAGGCACAUCGGACCAACUACUUUUCCACCACGGACCUGACCGUGCGCCGUGGGCAGGACUUCUCCAUCAGGGUGUACUUCAACAGGGCUGUCCAGCCCGGGGAGGGCUUUGCUUUCGUGGCAGAGACAGGGUCAGCCCCUUCGGAGUCCCAUCACACCAGGGCUGGCUUCGCCGUCUCCAGUGCCCUGUCUAGAGGAGCCUGGAGUGCAGUGAUGGGAUCCACAGACUCCAACUCCGUGAACUUCACCCUCAUUAGCCCCUCCACGGCUGUCAUCGGCCGCUACAAGCUGAGCCUGCGGGUGAUGUGUGGCAACCAGGUGAACUCCACGUUCCUGGGGCAGUUCAUCCUGCUCUUUAACCCUUGGUGCUCAGGGGACCUUGUCUUCAUGGAAAAUGAGGCCGAGAGACAAGAGUACGUUCUGAACGAAAACGGGAUCAUCUUUGUGGGAAACGCCAACUACAUUGAAUCACGAGGGUGGUACUAUGGACAGUUUCAACAGAACAUCCUCAGCCUCUGUCUUCGGCUUCUGGACAUGAGCCUCUACCACCGCCAGGACCCAGCUGGUGACACGUCUCGUAGGAGCGACCCUCGAUACGUGGGCCGCGUGGUCAGCUCCAUGAUCAACGGCAAUGACAACGACAAUGGGGUGCUGGAAGGCAAAUGGAGUGAGGAGUUUGCCCACCACGAGAAUCCCUCCAGGUGGGAUGGAAGCGUGGCCAUCCUCAGGACGUGGGCCCAGGGCAACUACCGGCCUGUCCAGUAUGGCCAGUGCUGGGUCUUUGCCGGUGUGGCUGGCACAGCCCUGAGGUGCCUGGGAAUACCAACUCGAUUGAUCACCAACUUCAACUCUGCUCACGAUUCAAACGGGAACCUCAGCAUUGAUAAAUACUAUGACCCCUCCGGAAAGAGCCUGAAGAUGGGACAAGACUCUGUCUGGGAUUACCAUGUCUGGAAUGAAAGCUGGUUCGUUCGAAGGGAUCUGGGAGGAGCCUACUCUGGGUGGCAGGUGAUUGACUCAACGCCCCAAGAGCAGAGCCAAGGGAUUUACCAGUGUGGUCCAGCUGCUGUUGUGGCAGUCAAGCAAGGAGAUGUGAGGCUGAACUAUGACACAGCGUUCGUGUACACUGAAGUGAAUGCCGAUAUCAACCGAUGGGUCGUCUAUAAUGAUGGAAGGCGGGUCAAAGUUUAUUGUGACACUUCAUCCAUCGGCACACAUAUCAGCACCAAAGCAGUCGGCAGCAAUUACCGGGUGGAUGUCACCAAUAACUACAAGUUCCCAGAAGGCUCUGCCGAGGAAAGAAGUGUGUACAGAAAGGCCUGCGCUGAGAUGUCUGGUGCCAGCCCCAGAACAAGACGCCCGAGCGCCUCUGAUGCAGCUGCUUCCGAGUUAAUUACGCACCCCGGGCUCUUCGGGAAAUUCAAGCUGGCCCAGCCACCUGUGCUGGGUAAAGACAUCAACCUCAUCCUCACCCUGGCCAAUUUAGCCACCUCACCAAAGACUGUGACUGUCAACCUGAGCGUGUCGACUGUCCUGUACACACGGACAGCAAUCAAAGAGAUCCUGAAGGAAGUGACCAAUGUCAGCCUUGGUGCUAAAGAAGAGAAGCACCUCCCAGUGCGAAUCACAUACGGCCACUAUGGGGCAUCUCUGACCGACGACAAGAAGCUCCUGGUGACGGCCUUGUGUGACGUCGCAGAGGGCGUGAAGCUGUUGGUUGAGAAGGCCAUCACCUUGGAGAGUCCGAACAUCUCCAUCACGGUCCCCCCCGGUGUUGUCACAAACAAGCCAAUCACGGUGGAGAUCGCCUAUGCCAACCCACUCCCGGAGUCAGUGGACAGCUGUGUGCUUCUCGUGACGCUCAUGGGACAGGCCGUCAAGAUCAAUGUGGCAGGGCUGGCAGCUGGGGAGAAAUCCAAAAUCUACUUCGAGUUCACGCCACGCAGCACAGGGGCCAUGCAGCUGCACGUCGACUUCUCUUGCAACAAGUUCCAGCACAUCAAGGGAUUUGUGCUCAUGAACGUGGCCCCAGCCGGGCCCCUGUGAUUCAUUCAGGGCGAGGGGCUAAGGGGUGUGCGCCUGCCUGUCCUGUUCCUGCGCUGCUAUUAAAAGCUUUCUUCCUAUGCAGAAAA